GAAAAAGAUAAAUCAGAAGAAACGUAGACAGAGAGACCGAGAUAUAAGAUUUAGAUCUGCUUCUAAAAAACGUUCGUUCUUUCUUGUUCACAAUCACUCAAACUUUACAACCUUCAUGCUUCUCUACUCGCUUAAUUUUCCCAUUUUUGCUUGACUCCUGGGUUGGGUGUUUCUCUUGUGCAUGAAACUAGGGUUUAGAGUGGACAUGUCUGCUCCGUUUUAUUCUCCGAUUGAUAUGCAUCGACAGAUCGGUCAAACUCCUCCUGGGUUUGAUACCGAACCAGUCCCAGUCAGUACCUACCAAGACACUGAACCUGUCCCACUCUCAACCUACCGAGAAAACGAACCUGACUCAUUCCACGCCACUCAGCAAGAGAAGGAUGACUUCUGGGAGAACGGUUUCAACAGGGAAGAGACCAAGGAAAAUGGAAAGAGAAGCGUAGACAACAGCUCCUUCACUCAUGGGGAAACCGACCUCAACCAACUUCCAGCUAUCCCACAGUUUUCAACUGGUCAAGGUCUUCCUUAUGCCCCUGUUGAUUGGCCAAGCCCCGAUAGGUUCCUGAUUCUCCCUCAAAGGCUUCAACAGAAGAAUGUGCCUAAAUCUUUCGCAAACAAACCCACUCUUGCCCGUUACAUCCACACGAAUUUCCCUGACAUGGAUGCUGAUGCUUUCUUCGCAUCGUUUAGCUGGAAGAUCCCUGCUCUCUUCCAGCCUGCAAACAAAGUUGAUGCUGCGUCUCUUUUUGAGGAGACACCGAAGGAAGUAAAGACUGAAGCUACUCCGAAUGAAGAGAAUGCUAAAGAAGUAAACUCCAGGUACAGCCAGAGGAAGAGGAAUCCAAUGCCGACGUAUGACACUGUGGAACCUAAACCUAAAGCAACUCCCCGAGUUAGUGGAAACAAGAAGAAGAAAGGAGCCGCAACUCCUGCCACUGGAACUCAAUCCUCUACCAAACCAAAAGCGUCUCGGCAAUCCGGGAGACGCCCUUCCAAUCAGCAGAACGGUGGCGCUGUGGAAUUGAACAACCUGAACGAGGAAGGUGAACCGGCUAUUGGACCAAACAAAAGUGGCAGGAGAAAGAAACGCAGAGCUAACUUUGAAGAAGAAGAUGCUUCCAUCCCUCACAUCUAUGUCUCUCCCAUGAACAGUGUCCUCGCGGUCUCGCACGAGCCCAUCGAUGUUGACCCUAUAGAGUUUGACAGCUACCUGAACUCUCUUGAGAACCUUCUUCAUCAGGGUCAAGAAGAAGCUGGGAGAGAGCCUUCCUCUGUUCUUGUUAGUGCAAGCUCUCCAAUGAGAGAGUACGAAUGGGCUGAAGCUAGAAUGAAGAUCUCUUCUCUCCUGGAGAAAGAUCUCACCACUUUGUUUGGUUCCAAGGAUGCUGCAGAGAUAGCGGGAUUAGCAACUAAACUGAGGAAAGAUCCAAACCUUUCUGCUGAAGAGAUAGUGAGGUUGAAGCUUAUUGAAGAGAUUCCAACCUUCAGUGAAGUCUUCCAGGAAAACAAAAGUGUCAUUAUAGAAGCAGACAGGUUCUUCUCUGCACUAGAGCUAAACAAAGCUAAAGUAGCAUCACUUAAAUACGAGUACAGCGACCUGAAGCACAAACUAGGGAGUAUACAGAUGGAAGUAGAUGAAAACUCUGAGGCAAUACGCCAGAUUGAUGACCAAAUCGCUCAGCUUCAAGCUAAAAGAGCUGAGCUGAAGUGA